AUGGGCAACUUGAAGAGCGUGGGCCAGGAGCCUGGGCCCCCCUGCGGCCUGGGGCUGGGGCUGGGCCUGGGGCUGUGCAGCAAGCAGGGCCCAGCCUCCCCGACCUCGGAGCCCAGCCGGGCGCCUGCCCCAGCGCCACCCCCCAUGCCAGAUUACAGCCCCCCGCUCACCCGCCCCCCGGAGGGGCCCAGGUUCCCCCGCGUGAAGAACUGGGAGGUGGGCAGCAUCACCUACGACACCCUGAGCGCUCAGUCCCAGCAGGAUGGGCCCUGCACCCCAAAACGCUGCCUGGGAUCCCUGGUAUUUCCUCGGAAACCGCAGAGCCGGCCCUCCCGGGACCCUCCACCAACGGAGCAGCUGCUGAGCCAAGCCAGGGACUUCAUCACCCAGUAUUACAGCUCCAUCAAGAGGAGCGGCUCCCAGGCCCACGAGCAGCGGCUGCAGGAGGUGGAGGCCGAGGUGGCGGCCACAGGCACCUACCAGCUCCGGGAGAGCGAGCUGGUGUUCGGGGCCAAGCAGGCCUGGCGCAAUGCCCCGCGCUGCGUGGGCCGCAUCCAGUGGGGGAAGCUGCAGGUGUUCGAUGCCCGGGACUGCAGCUCUGCACAGGAGAUGUUCACCUACAUCUGCAACCACGUCAAGUACGCCACCAACCGGGGCAACCUCCGCUCGGCCAUCACAGUGUUCCCCCAGCGCGCUCCCGGCCGGGGAGACUUCCGAAUCUGGAACAGCCAACUGGUCCGCUACGCGGGGUACAGGCAGCAGGACGGCUCUGUGCAGGGAGACCCCGCCAACGUGGAGAUCACUGAGCUCUGCGUGCAGCACGGCUGGACCCCAGGAAACGGCCGCUUCGACGUGCUGCCUCUGCUGCUCCAGGCCCCCGAUGAGCCCCCGGAACUGUUCGCUCUGCCCCCCGAGCUGGUCCUCGAGGUGCCCCUGGAGCACCCCACGCUAGAGUGGUUUGCUGCCCUGGGCCUGCGCUGGUACGCGCUCCCCGCCGUGUCCAACAUGCUGCUGGAAAUCGGGGGCCUGGAGUUCCCCGCGGCCCCCUUCAGCGGCUGGUACAUGAGCACCGAGAUCGGCACGCGGAACCUGUGCGACCCGCACCGCUACAACAUCCUGGAGGACGUGGCCGUCUGCAUGGACCUGGACACCCGGACCACCUCGUCCCUGUGGAAAGACAAGGCAGCGGUGGAAAUCAACUUGGCUGUGCUGCACAGUUACCAGCUGGCCAAAGUGACAAUUGUGGAUCACCACGCUGCCACGGCCUCCUUCAUGAAGCACCUGGAGAACGAGCAGAAGGCCAGGGGGGGCUGCCCUGCCGACUGGGCCUGGAUAGUGCCCCCCAUCUCAGGCAGCCUCACCCCUGUCUUCCACCAGGAGAUGGUCAACUACGUCCUCUCCCCUGCCUUCCGCUACCAGCCAGACCCCUGGAAGGGGAGCGCAGCCAAGGGCGCUGGCAUCACCAGGAAGAAGACCUUUAAAGAAGUGGCCAAUGCUGUGAAGAUCUCCGCCUCGCUCAUGGGCACCGUGAUGGCGAAGCGCGUGAAGGCAACCAUCCUGUACGGCUCGGAGACGGGCCGCGCCCAGAGCUACGCCCAGCAGCUGGGGAGGCUCUUCCGGAAGGCCUUCGACCCCCGGGUCCUGUGCAUGGAUGAGUACGACGUGGUGUCCCUCGAGCACGAGACGCUGGUGCUGGUGGUGACCAGCACGUUUGGAAAUGGAGAUCCCCCAGAGAAUGGAGAGGGCUUCGCUGCUGCCCUGAUGGAGAUGUCGGGACCCUACAGCUCCCCCAGGCCCGAGCAGCACAGGAGCUACAAGAUCCGCUUCAACAGCAUCUCCUGCUCGGACCAGCUGGUGUCCUCGUGGCGGCGGAAGAGAAAGGAGUCCAGUAACACGGACAGCGCUGGUGCCCUGGGCACCCUCAGGUUCUGUGUGUUCGGGCUGGGCUCCCGGGCAUACCCCCACUUCUGCGCCUUUGCACGUGCGGUGGACACCCGGCUGGAAGAGCUGGGCGGGGAGCGGCUCCUGCAGCUGGGCCAGGGGGACGAGCUGUGUGGCCAGGAGGAGGCCUUCCGGGGCUGGGCCCAGGCCGCCUUCCAGGUGAGCCCCUGCUCCUGCCCUGCCUGGCCUGACCCAGGCACCCCUCCAUUCUGCCUCAUCCCUCCUGGACCUCAGACCUGCAAUACUGAGGCAGGGGCCUCCCCGCUGUCCCGCUCUUGUUGCGGUCUCUGCUCCCUCCGUUUCUUCUGAAACCCACCCUUGCUUUGCCCCUGCGCAGCCAGCCUUCUGGCUGGUCCUGAGUGCUGGCCAGCCGGGCGCAGG